CCUGGGCGCGCCCUGGGAGGCCUGGUGGGAGGGGCUGCUCCUGGCUCCCCCCGCCCCUCCCCGCGGGCCCCGCCGCUUCCGCCUGUCCUGCGGCCGCCCGGGGAGCCGGGACGUGCCGCCUGGGCUCUCCGUAGCCGGCUGCCCUUGGUGGAGCCCACAUCCUCUGCACAUGAGGUCACGGGGCACCGGCUGGACUGGGGCCAGGUCAACCCGCCUUGUGACCCCCAAUCCGGGGGCUCCCUGCCACCACAGGUCUGGGAGCCGAGGCGGCCCCGGAGGCCCAGGUGCAGCCAGGGGGCUUCUGCCCGGGACUCAGCCCCCGAGCCAGCCCCGCCAGCCGCACCUUCUCCACGGUCCCUCAUACAGCGCUGGACUGAGACCAGCUGAUCCCCAUUGCACAGAUGGGGAAACUGAGGCCUGGGGAUGUGGAGUGGCUGGCCCUUGGCCACACAGAAAGAGACGAGAACAGAGGCCCAGAGAGGUUAAACGACUGCCCCACAUCACACAGCCAGUGGGCACAGAGCUGGGGUUCCGACCCCGGCCUGCUGGCGCCCCCACUGCCGCGCCCUCUCUGCUCCCCCCCACCCCGCCCCCUCCAGAACCUGCUUCUGCUGUGGACCCUCCUGAACUGUGGUUUAGGGGGCAGUGCCCAGGGUCCAGGUGAGUGGACCCCCUGGGGUUCCUGGAGUCGCUGUUCCAGCUCUUGUGGGCGGGGUGUCUCUGUGCGCAGCCGUCGCUGCAUCUGGCCUCCCGGGUUAGACACAUGCUGGGGAGACACCCAUGAGUACCGCCUCUGCCAUUUGCCGGACUGUCCCCCAGGGGCCAUUCCAUUCCGAGACCUCCAGUGUGCCCUCUACAAUGGCCACCCUGUCCUAGGCACCCAGAAGACUUACCAGUGGGUGCCCUUCUACGGUGCGCCCAACCAGUGCGACCUUCACUGCCUGGCCGAGGGGCACGCCUUCUACCACACCUUCGGCCGCGUCCUGGACGGCACCCCCUGCAGUCCCGGGGCCCAGGGGCUCUGCGUGGCCGGCCGCUGCCUCAGCGCCGGCUGUGACGGUUUGCUGGGCUCGGACGCCCGCGAAGAUCACUGCGGCCGCUGCGGCGGCGCCAACGAGUCGUGCCUUUUCGUUCAGCGCGUGUUCCGUGACUCCGGUGCCUUCGCUGGGUACUGGAACGUGACCUUGAUCCCCGAGGGCGCCAGACACAUCCGCGUAGCCCACCGGAGCCGCAACCACCUGGCGCUGAUAGGGGUCGACGGGCGCCACGUGCUCAACGGGAACUGGGCGGUCAGCCCACCCGGGACCUACGAGGCAGCGGGCACCCGUGUGGUCUACACCCGCGCUGCGGGGCCAGAGGAGACGCUGCGCGCGGCUGGGCCCACCUCCCAAGACCUGCUCCUGCAGGUCCUCCUGCAGGAGCCCAACCCCGGCAUCGAGUUCGAGUUCUGGCUCCCUCGGGAGCGCUACGGCCCCUUCCAGGCGCAGGCGCAGGCCCUGGGCUGGUCCCUGCGGCAGCCGCAGCCUCGGGAGGUGGAACCACAGCCCGCUGAAGCCCCCGCGGCCCCAGCUGCCGUUUCCCCGAGGACCCCGCCCCCCGCCCCAGACCCCUGCUCACCGUGCCCAGACACUCGAGGUCGCGCGCACCGGCUGCUCCACUAUUGCGGCGGCGACUUCGUGUUCAGGGCCCGAGUGCUGAGCCGCCUCCAACAGGCCCAGGAGACGCGCUAUGAGGUUCGCGUGCAGCUCAUCUAUAAGAACCGCUCGCCACUGCGGGCCCUGGAGUACGUGUGGGCCCUGGGUCGCUGCCCCUGCCCGCGGCUGGACCUCCAUCGCGAGUACCUGCUGGCUGUCCAGCGCCUCAUCAGCCCUGACGGCACUCAGGACCGGCUGCUGCUGCCCCACACUGGCUACGCCCGAGCGUGGAGCCCUGCCGAGGACAGCCGCGUGCGCCUGGCUGCCCGACACUGCCCCGCCUGAGCCGCGGGACCGGGCCCCCGCCACCUGCAGCAACAGAGGCAUGCCUGACCGGGCUCAAACUCAGCGUAUUUCCCGUCUUGCCCCGGCUUCCAGUGGCUUCCCGCCUACUACACAUGCUUAGCUGUCCCUGCACCCAGUCAGGUCCACUGUCAUGAGCAGGAGGCACUGGUGAGGGAGGACACACUGAAGAGACGCUCUUAUUUCCUCUCUCACUCUGGCUGCCAGGAAGCUCAUAGAUGAUUUAUACUUAGAAACUUUGUGUCUGCUUUUAUUUGCUUUGUCCCAUGCUCACCUUCGUAGAGACACUGUCACAAACGAGCAUGGCCCAAAGGAAGACUGCCCAACAAGACCUUGGAAUAGAGCAGUUUCCCCUCUU